UGGUAUCAAUCUGGGGAUGUGUCUUAAUACCCCGGGGGUCAAAGCUUCCUGCAUCCGUUAGUAAACAUUAUCUACAUAUAUGAUAUGAUGUGGAAAAUCAUUUCUCAGUUGAUGGAAAAAAAUAUGGAUUUGGAUAUGUUUGAUUUCGGCCUCACGGCCUCGGAUGAUUGUGAUUUAGAUACGGAUUCUCUAUAUAGUGACUCUUCUUUAGAUAUUUUUGAUUCAGUGCACUACCGCUCACCUGGGAAUAGUUCCGGAGUUCCUGCCUUCCAUCCAGAUCUCUCAAUGUUACACGACCAACCACCAACGUCAUCCGUCGGAUCCCCGACCCCCGGGGCAAUGAUUCCGUCUUUUGGAUUUACACAGGAACAAGUUGCGUGCGUGUGUGAAGUUUUGCAACAAGGUGGAAACAUUGACAGAUUAGCUAGGUUUUUAUGGUCACUCCCUGCUUGUGAACAUUUACAUAAAAAUGAAAGUGUGCUUAAAGCAAAGGCAGUGGUGGCCUUCCACAGAGGAAACUUCAAAGAACUUUAUAAAAUAAUGGAAAGUAACAAUUUUUCACCUCAUAAUCACCCAAAGUUGCAGGCAUUAUGGCUCAAAGCACAUUAUAUUGAAGCGGAAAAGUUAAGAGGUCGACCUCUAGGCGCUGUGGGAAAGUACCGUGUGAGAAGGAAAUUCCCACUUCCUAGAACAAUAUGGGACGGGGAAGAAACCAGUUAUUGUUUCAAAGAAAAAUCUAGAACUGUUCUGAGGGAGUGGUAUGCUCAUAAUCCAUACCCGUCACCUCGUGAAAAGAGGGAAUUGGCCGAGGGGACGGGAUUAACAACAACACAAGUUAGUAACUGGUUCAAAAACCGACGACAGAGGGAUAGGGCAUCAGAAACUAAAGACAGAGGUGAUCGGGAUCCACAUUGUUCGCAAAGCAGUCAGGAUUCAAAUAUGGGAUCUCCACAGAGUGAUAAUAAAGACGGUGAUAUAAGCAGUGAUGAUGCAUUUACUGCACAAACAAAAAUAGAACCGCCAGACGAACACAACCAAGGCUCUAUAUAUACCAAUCUACAGAAAUCAUUGCCUGACAAUCCCAUGUUAAUGGCGGGAAAUCCAAAUAGACUGUCGAACGAUCAUGUUAGCAAUAUGUAUCAAGAUUUUCAAACUUUGUGACCUUAAACCUUGUGUUUUGUUGUAAAGCUAUUGACCAAAGACAAAGACAUCCUGGAGUUCGGUGCAAGUGACAAAUAUAUUCAGGCAAUCAUGGUGCCGACUGCUUGCCAUACAUGACGUUAUAUAAAAACUGCAAUGAUAUUCCAUAUUUUGGUGCAUUUUAUGAUUUGUCUUAUUUUGCAUAAUAUUAGAACUUCAGGUCAAUUACACUGCAUCUAAAUUUACCAUUGAAAGCAAUUUAUUUGAUAAAAGAUCGAAUGUUUUGUUUCGAUACAUUUUUCAUGACUCUUCUUCAAAAUAAGCUAGAACGAUUUCCUGUUACCUUUAUAUUGCUCUAUCAAGUCACAUUUCAAAUCGAACAUGUCUUAGCAUAAAACAAAAUUAUAAAAGUCGUUUAAUUUUACUACGGACAGUAGCCUUCAAAUGAAACAUUAUAUUUAUAAAAGUCGUUUAAUAUUACUACGGAUAGUAGCCUCCAAAUGAAACAAUAUAAGUUGUGUUGAUCAUAAAUCAGAUAAUGGACUCUCAAUGGUAUUUUUAAACGCAUUGUAAUUAUCAACUAUUCUGUCGUAUGUGUAUCUGCUAUGACUGUUGUGAAUGUUUUGCACAAAUGUGUACUACUUUUCCCGUUUCUCUCUUACAUUCUUCAUAACAUACACAUAUCCUGUUUGUUAGUAUGACAAGAAUACCAUUCAUUAUACCUAUAUUGUAAGACCCCAUCAAUCAUCAACAUAAUCUUUAAAAUUCACAUAUUUUUAACCUAAAUUCCGAUCGUCCAUGAUAAGACACUAAGAAAUCGUUCCUUAUUUAUACUCAACUGUUUUGUUUACAUUCACUUUGAGAUUCAGUGAAUGAAAAGCUGAUGAAAUCUUCAAAAAUGUCAUAGUUGUGAAAAGUAAUAAUUUGAGAAAAUGGCUUUCUGGUGUCUCAUCACAUGGUAUUGCAGAGUUUAAUAAGAACGAUGUAAAUAAAGCAUGAUACGGUAACACAAUUAUUUAGUGUGGAACAUGCUAUAUUUACUAAUUAAUGCUACACUGCAACUUAUUUUUUGACACCAGAUAGUCUUUUUCUACAUUACUACUUUCAAUAUAGUGCUAUACUGAUUACAUUUGUCUGUGGGUUUUGUACUAAGACGAUGAUAUAUGGUAACUCCCGAAAUGUUCCGAAUUAUUCUUUGUAAUUAGAAAUAACUUAAAAACCCUACUUAAAACUAGUUUGGUGACUAUGCAAAACAUUUGUCCAGCUUCAUUUAUUUACUAGAUAUAAAUAUUAUUUAUAUGUUGACCGAUAAUAAAUAAAAAUAAAAUAUUGUUUAUGAA